AUGGCUUUAACGGUGACCUCUGGGAUUCCGACCCAGGCCAUCGAGUGCAUAGUCCACAUGGCGGAGUUGUUCAAGGGCAAGGUGUUGCUGAAGAAAGACGGGACCACCAUCCCGGCUGAUCUGGCGCUGAAGGGCAAGAAGAUCAUCUGCAUCUACUUCGCCGCCGCCUGGUGUCCCCCUUGCCGCAUGUUCACGCCCGUCCUGGCAGACGCCUACACCGAGGCGCGAGAGGGCAACCAGCCCAUAGAGGUCGUAUUCGUCUCAUCAGAUCGAAGUUCCACUGACAUGAUGAACUACAUGAAAUCACAUCACGGGGAAUGGCUAUGCCUCCCUUACGGCGAUUCUCUUCAAGUGUUGCUCAAAGAUCGCUUCAAAGUUGCCGGCAUUCCAUCGUUGGUCGUGUGCAAGGCGGACGCCACGGUGAUUUCCGCGAACGGCAGACCGGAUAUCCAGUCCAAGGGCCCCCAAGCCUUUCGCGACUGGCUGUCAGCACUUUAGCCCCUCAACCGACUGUACGAUCCCUAAAUGGGAUAGAAACGUAUCUAUGAAUAAA